GGUGCUCCCUAGUAGUGAAGGGGAAUGACAUGCAGCCAUAUUUGACUGUACUCAUCAAGCCCUUCCCCCCUUCAGCAUCUUCAGCAGGACAGUGAAGAAAACUGGAGCGGGACAACGGAUGCCAAUCGAAAGGAGACUUUACCGAAGAUGGCCUCGCCAAGAACCAUAACCAUUGUCGCCCUUUCCUUUGCACUGGGUCUGUUCUUCGUGUUCAUGGGUACAAUUAAACUCACACCAAGGUUAAGCAAAGAUGCCUAUAGUGAAAUGAAAAGGGCAUACAAGAGUUAUGCAAAGGCCCUUCCAGCACUGAAAAAAAUGGGCGUUUCUUCUGUACUUCUACGCAAGAUUAUUGGUACUCUUGAGGUGGGAUGUGGAAUUGUUCUGACCCUUGUGCCAGGGAGACCAAAAGACGUGGCCAACUUUAUUCUGCUACUGGUCAUGCUAGCGGUGCUUUUCUUCCACCAGCUGGUUGGAGAUCCUCUAAAACGCUAUGCUCAUGCCCUAGUGUUUGGUAUUUUGCUGACGUGUCGGCUGCUCAUUGCUCGUCAGGGUGAGGACCGGCCUGAGAGGGAGGAGAGACGAGAAGAGCAGAUCACUGCCCAGGAAAAGAACAAAGUCAAAGUUUCUUAGCUCCACAAUUGCAGAAGGAGCACCUGGCAGCAGAUCUGUUUCUCUGGAUAGUAGAGAAGGUGCUCGGGAAAAAAAGACAGUAGUCCCAAAAGGUGAUUUAUGUCCCACAACUACAUAACAGAAGCCAGAAAACCAGAUCUUAUUUUACGUUUACCUCAUGUCUCACCUGUAAAACUUCUUAUUUAAAACACAAAUUUUCAGUUUGGACAAUCACCAUUGUGGCAACUGUUUUGGUUGUGGUUUUGCAACAAAAGAUUAAACUACUGUAAUUCCCAGUUGUAUUUAUUGUUAUUAUUAUUAUUUUGGCCCUGCAUUGAACAAUAUCCAAAAUGCCACUUUUAAGAUUAUACUGUGAUACACGUUUCUUCAAAUGUCAACAGUUUUUUGUGAUGGUUUAUUUACUUUUGAGCUACUGUCGAUGAAUACUAUAUAAAACCGGUUCUGUUUACACUGAGAUUGAUUUUUUAUUAUUAAAAAAUGCUGUACAUCAUUUGUUUAAAUGUUCGAGUCAGAUGGCAGACAGUAGCUUUUCUGGUGCCUCAAAAUCUGUUACAACCAUCCAAACUGAAAACAUAACAGCAGUUUGUUUAGGUACAUGUAAGUUCUGCAUGUUAUUAUUCUUUUUUAAUUUGCAUAUAAUAAUAUUUCUUUGUUUCUUUUGAUCAAAUUUGAUUUUCUAGGUUGUCUCUCAAACACAGUCAAAUAAAAAAUUUAUCCUUG